AUGAAGCGCAAGUUAGAUGAGGAUGAUGUCCCCAUGGCUGUCGAUACGACUCAUGCUUCCAAGAAACCCUCCAAUUUUAAUUCCCUCGGCCUGGAUUCCCGGCUCCUCCAAGCUGUUGCGCAGCAGAAUUUCUCUGCCCCAACGCUGGUCCAAUCCAGAGCGAUACCGCUUGCUCUUGAGGGCAAAGACAUACUAGCUCGCUCCAAGACUGGCUCUGGCAAGACUGCUGCAUACAUCCUUCCAAUCCUCCAAUCGAUACUGCAGAAAACAUCGACCAGCACCACCCACAAAACUACAUCUGCCCUUAUCCUUGUUCCCACCCAUGAGCUUGCCAAGCAGGUCUCCGAUGCAGCCUCCAACUUCUCAGCUUUUUGUUUGAAGGACAUUCGAGCCGUCAAUCUCAAUCCCCUCAGCGCCACCAAAAAGAAAAUACCUGAAAGUGUGCAGCGGUCACUUCUGGCGGAAGCCCCGGACAUUGUCGUUGCUACGCCGGCUCGUGCAUCUCUAUAUCUACAAAGCUCGGCGUUUUCUGUCGAAAAACUCGCACACCUAGUGAUAGACGAGGCGGACCUGAUCCUCUCAUAUGGCCACGAUGAUGAUCUGCAGAUAAUCGCUGAGGCGGUGCCAAAAGGGGUUCAAACAAUCCUAUUGAGCGCAACCCUAAGUACCGAAGUCAACACCCUCAAAGGUCUCUUCUGCCGAAAUCCAGCAGUCUUGGACCUUCAAGAGACAGUGGACGACGGCGGUGGAGUCAGUCAAUAUACCGUCAGAUGCGCUGAGGACGCGAAAUUCCUUUUAGCAUACGUGAUCUUUAAGUUGAAAUUGAUCAAAGGAAAGUGUAUCAUCUUUGUCGCGGAUAUUGACAGAUGCUACCGCUUGAAGCUAUUCUUCGAGCAGUUCGGAAUCAAGAGUUGUGUUCUCAACUCAGAAUUACCGGUCAAUUCACGUGUUCAUGUUGUUGAAGAGUUCAAUAAGAAUGUCUAUGAUAUCAUAAUAGCUUCCGAUGAACAUGAGGUCUUGGACGUCCGAGAGGGGCGUCAUUCCAAAAAGUCAAAGACCGCAAUCGAUGGACCGAGUGCGUCUCAUGGCGAUGACGACGCUACCAACGGUGAAGAUCCACCGUCAAAAUCUCCAGCAAGCAGUACUACCCACGAUGACGCAGCAUCUGAUUCGGCAAAGCCUGCCGACCUGAAGAAGCAACGAAAGAAGAGCAAGGAAAGUAAAGAGUAUGGCAUAUCGCGCGGCAUCGAUUUCCAAAAUGUGGCUUGCGUUCUUAAUUUUGAUCUGCCCACAUCGUCCAAAUCGUAUACACAUCGCAUCGGAAGGACCGCACGGGCUGGGAAAACCGGAAUGGCGUUAUCGUUUGUUGUGCCUGCAGAGCAUUAUCAUAAGCACAAACCCACUACCCUUUCUAGUGCACAACACGAUGAAGAGGUCUUGGACACGAUCAUGAGACUCCAAAAGAAGAAAGGCAAGGAGGUGAAGGAUUACCACUUUGAUAUGAAGCAGGUAGAAUCUUUCCGCUACCGUAUGAACGACGCAUUAAGAGCAGUCACGCGGGUUGCCGUUCGAGAGGCACGGACCCGAGAGCUCAGGCAGGAGCUCUUGAAUAGUGAGAAAUUGAAGAGGCAUUUCGAGGAGAACCCAGAGGACUUGCAUCACUUGAGGCACGAUGGCGAACUCAGAGCAGCGAGAAUCCAGUCCCAUCUUAGGCACAUCCCAGAGUAUCUUUUGCCAAGCAAUGGCAAGAAAGGCAUAGCAGGAGAGGACAUUGGCUUCGUUGGAUUGAGGAAGAACACUGACAAUAGGAUCAGGAAAGCGAGAAUGCAGAAUCGUAUGAAAGGGAAAGGCAAGAAGCCUGCAGGACGGAAGUCAGAUCCUUUGAAAACUUUCAACGCGAAGGGAAGACAUUAG